AUCCUUGGAUAAGUUCAUUAUAAAAUGAGAUGAUUGCACGGCUCUUAUGGGUUCCAUACUUCCAUCUCACAUCAAUUAAUCAAACAGCCUCCAGCUACAAAUUCACCUUCUGGUUGUCAUCUAGUGAUCAAUUUUUUUUUACCUCUCUCAGUUCCCACUAGCGCUUGAGAUAUGUAGGGCUCUUUUGUUUUGGGGGGUGAUGGGUGCAUAAAUGUAGAUUUUGAGGCUUUAGAUUAUGUGAAGGUAUAAAGAGAAAGGAGUGUGUCAUAUCUGAUUCAUGCUGUGAAAGAUCAAUGGAAAGACAGUUUUUUAAAAAGGGAAGUUAGUAAAAACACAAAACCAGAUCUUAUUGUUACUUCAAUUUUGCAUUUUUCAUUGUCAGAAGUCAGGCUUUCAAAAUAUUAGGGAUAAAAGUGAAAGGUUUGUCUUAUUCUUGCUUAUUUCUCACCCCCCAACUCUCCUUUUCUCUGUUCUUGAUGUAUUUGGGUUCUUCAAAAAGCCAUCCACCACAGCGAUUCUCUCAAGCUUUUCCAGGUCAGAAAGUAGGAAUUUGAAUAGAAAAAAUAUCCCCUAAGAAUCUAAGGAGAACUGCGACUUUAGGAGGUUCUCAAUCCAAGAAAAGGCAAUCAUCAAUGGAUAACAGCUAUAAUUUUAUGAGGCAGGGCACUGGUGUAUGGAGAUCCCUGAGGGAAGGAGACUUUGAAGAAGAGGAUGUUUGGGAUGUUUUAAGAGAGACAAAAGAUGCAAAUUCCAAUUAUGGCAAAUCCACAGAAUCCUCAUUUUCUGUUCCAAGAAGCCUCCCUUCUGCUGCAAGAAUGAUCCCAAGAACUACAAGUAGUGGCAGCAGCAGCAGCAGCAACAAUUCCUCUCAUGAAACCAAAGUAGUGCCGCAAUCGGCACCUGUCAACAUUCCUGACUGGUCAAAAUUUUGCAAAAGGAAGACCAAGAAAGCCUCCAAGAAUGCAAGUUCAUUGCAUUAUGAAGAUUAUGAUGAAGAUCAUGAAUCAGAUGGUGAUAGUUAUAACGGGGUUGUGAAUGAGGAUAAUGAUGAUGAAUAUGAAAAUAAAGAUAGUGAUUACUAUUUUAAGCUGCCCCCACAUGAGCUCAUUGCCAGAAGGCUUGCAAGGAGCCAGAUUUCCUCAUUUUCUGUUUUUGAAGGGGUUGGCAGGACCCUCAAAGGGAGGGACCUUAGUAAAGUUAGGAAUGCUGUUUUGACCAGAACUGGGUUUCUUGAAUCACCAUGACCAUAAUUUAAUUCUAAUGCCACAAUGAAGCUGGUGGCCAUAUAGUCAUGAUGAUGAUCUUUACUCAUCUAGUUAGUAGUAUGUAUAGGGGUUUGUGUUGGUUCCUUGAUGAUUUGUCAUGGUUUUUGUCUAGGGUAUUAGUGGGCAUUGGUGAAUGGUGAUCCAUUUUUAUGUAUAAAGCAUGAUUUAGUGCAUAUUAAUGCCUAUGGGAUUUGAUUGCUUUUGCUGUUGUU